UUAUUGUAUAUGUUUUAUUUCUUUUUUUUAUAUAUAUAUAUAUAUUCUUCUUCUUCUCUUCUUCUUUGUUGACGUCUUCCUCAUCUUUCUUCAGGGGUUUUCUCCUCUUUUAGUGGGAGGCACUAAAAUUAGAAAAGACCCCGUGCGAUGAGAAACCUCAUCCCAAUCUUUCGUAGCUUCUUUCGAACACUUUCAAAUAGUUCUUCUUACAGAUAACACGUUUUUCGCGUUUCAUCCAUACAACCACCGGUCUUUUGAUUAUAAUUAAAAAAAAAAAAAAAAGGUCUUAAUUAGAAAUAUAAUAUUAUAAUAGAACAUGUGCCACACAUAAAAAGUAAUUUAAAUUAAUUCAAAGUGAUCGGAUAUAUCGAUUAUUUUAAUCAUCCUCGUAAUGAAUCAUCGAAUAAACAAAGAUAACAAAAUUCUUUUCGUACUGAUCGAUAAUAACGUUUAAUCGAUAUUAAAUAAUCGAUGAAAGUUCGAUGACACGUGUUUUAUUUUACUUUUUUUUUUUCUUUCUUUAAAGGUGAAUUCAAUUAGAACCACCUUAUAUAAAUAUAUUCGAAAUGUUUCUUAUAUCGAAUCAUGGAAGAUUUCUAAUCAUUAUUGUUGUUAUUAUUAAUAUCUAUAUUACCAGUGUUGAGGGUAGAAAAUGUGUGUGCACGAGUAAGGAUUGUAAAGAAGCUGGAGAAAAUACCUGCGAGACUAAAUAUUUUUGUUACACCGAAUUGAUUCCAAUAAGUGAUAGAAAGAUUGGUGAAAAUACAACAACCCGAGGAUGCACGCAAAGCCCAACGCCAUUAUUGUGCGAGACAAAAUCUUGGAUCACGAGGUCAAAACUAUCGCCAUCGUUGUCAUCUUUAUCGUCAUCUUCUUUUGAUAAUAAAGAAGAGAAUAAGGAAAACGAUACUAUAGAAAAUAAUCGUUUAUCAUCAACGAUACCUUGGAUACGAGUGUCCUGGCCAAGAUUGAACUGUUGCGACAGUCAAGAUUAUUGUAACGCCGAUUAUCUUGGUGACGUAUCAAAAUAUUUACAUGUAAUAGAAAAAGAUCAAAAAUUAAACAAACUCGAUAAAAAAGAAGAAGAAGAAGAAGAAGAAGAAGUUGAUGAAAAAGAGGGGGACUUUUUUAUGAAAAAAAUGAACGGCCAAAAUAAUAUAACAUAUCAAAAUAUAGAUAGAAAUGUACCAGCUAACAGCAGUCCCCAAUUGUCAGAUAGAAUUGAAUUUUAUAAUCCAAUCCAUCUACAAUCUAUUGAGUCGGAUGAACGAUCAACAAAUAAUUCAAGUAGCAGAGAACGUAUUAUUCCGAUGAAUUCGGAUUCGUUAUCUAUAAUGGUUAACGAAAAUUCUAACAUAGAUGAGGAUAUUUUUCUACAUCAGAUAAGACCCCUACACAUUGCUGCUGUUGUACUUGCUAUAUCUGCCUUGUUAUCCGUCUUUGCUGCUUGCUACGUCAUUACAAGGUUGAAUGACGAAUCAAGAAGAAGCAAAAGCAGAAGCAGAAGAAGAAGAAGUCGUCUUCUUCUUUCGUUCUUAUUUGAAAAAUGUGUUCUUCGAGCGUGGGUCGUUGGGGUCGCAUAAAACACAUGGAAGGGCUAAGAGACAAAGAAUAUUUCGUGGAGGACUCUCAACAAAGACAGUUUCCUGGCAAACACGACCAACCACCACUCGUUUGACUCCAAUACAACAAACGUAUUUCCUCCUCCCCUUCUCCCCCCACCCCCGUUUCCCAUACUCUGUGUUCGCCCUACGUGCAUCCAUGAAAAACACAGAUCACUGUGUGAUGAUCAACACAAACCUCCUUUAAGAAUUUACAAAAAAGGAAGAACCAUAAGGGUUUUACAAACUGAUGGCUGUGUUACCAGGUGUUUUCAAUGAUUUUCUCAAGAAGGAAGAAAAAAAACAUAUACAAAGAAAUUAUUAUUAAUUUAUAAUAAUCGUUUGAAUUUCUUUUUUUUUUGUCGCGAAAGGUCAACGACACGCUUAUAUAUGGAAAAUAAUUUUUUUAAACGAAAGUUCAUCUAAAAGAAUUAAAAAGUUCGUUCUCUCUAUUGUUCGAUUUACGUGAAACGAUUAUAUCGCAUUUUGUAAAUUUAUUUUCAUUCGUAUUCGUUGUCUCUUUUUUUUCGUUUACUUUUCUCGAACAUUUUCUAAUUUGUUGUUAUACCCCCCCCCCUAUGUGUUGAUUGUACAUGAAUUGUGCUUUAUUCUAUCGGUGAUAUUUGUAAAUUAUUUCAUUCUCUUAAACGUAAUAAUGUUAAUUCUUAACACAAAAAUUCGUUAGAUUUUAUUUAAAAAAAUAAAAAUAUAUAUAUACACGAUAUAAUAUAUUUCAAUAUCUCUAAGAAAAGUUAUAUAUGUAUAUAAAAAUGUUUUAAUUUCAAAAACAAACAAACAAACAAUUACAAAUAUCAUGUUAAAUUGAUAUUAACAUGCGCAAAAUUAAAUUCAAUCCUAUUUUCAGAUACGCUGAUCAAUCAUUAUCGCGAAUAUAUAUUUUGCAAGCGAAUGAUAUUGGAUUAAUCUAACUAUGAUUUAAAAGCAAUCAACCAACCAACCAACCAACCAACCAAAAAAAACAUAUUUAACGAGAUGUAUUAAAAAAAAAAAGAAAA